AUGUUAUGCUGGGGGCACUCUGAUUUUGGACAACUUGGAGUAAAUCAUGGGUCCAUAAGUUUGAUACUAGAGCCCAUCGCCUCCACUUUUUCUCUGGCCAGAUGUGUCAGACAGGUGGCCUGUGGGGAAAAUCAUUCCAUCUUUCUGCUAGAUGAUGGUCAAGUCUAUAGCUGUGGUGGGAACAGUGCUGGCCAGCUCGGACAUGAUCAUCAUGUUAGGGAGCCAGGUCAUGUGAAUGCAUUAGCAAGUGAGCAUAUAGUCCAUGUGGCAUGUGGCCGAUCGCAUAGCGUGGCACUAAAUACCCAAGGCCAGAUCUUCUCAUGGGGUGCUGGUAGUGAUGGACAGCUGGGGCACUCUACCACUGAACAGUGUAUUCCAGUGCCGAGGUUAAUUAAGAAGUUAAAUCAACAGAAGAUACUGCAGGUUUCAUGUGGAAACCAGCACUGCUUGGCUCUUUCAGAUGAUGGGCAGUUGUUUACAUGGGGCCAGAAUAGUCAUGGUCAGCUGGGUCUUGGACAUGGAUUCCCCUCCCAGUCUAGCCCACAGCGAGUGAAGUCCUUGGAAGGAAUACCACUGGCUCAGGUGACAGCAGGAGGCUUCCACAGUUUUGCCUUGUCCCUUUCUGGAGCUGUGUUUGGCUGGGGAAAAAACAACUCAGGGCAACUUGGUCUAAAUGACGAGAAAGUCCGUGAAUCACCAUGCCAUGUAAAGCCUUUGCGCACCCAGAAAGUUGUGUACAUCAGCUGUGGGGAAGAGCAUACAGCUGUCCUAACAAAGACUGGUGGGCUUUUCACUUUUGGAGCUGGAGGCUGCGGGCAGCUGGGGCAUGACUCUCUUCAUAAUGAGAUCAAUCCCAGGCGUAUACUGGAACUGAUGGGCAGCGAAGUAUCUCAGAUUGCAUGUGGCAGACAGCACACUAUUGCCUAUGUGCCUUCUUCUGGACUCCUCUAUGCAUUUGGAUGUGGAGAUCGUGGCCAGCUUGGCACCGGACACAGAAAUAAUGUCAUCUGCCCCACUAUGGUUAAAGGGAAGUGGACCACGCACUGCAUAAAAAUUCCAUCCACAAUUAAUCCUUCUUCAUACAAUAUUAUCAAGCACAUUUUCUGUGGAUGGGACAAAACGUUUGUACUAUGCUCGAAGCCAGAGAAGCCCGAGCCUGCUGAGGACUUCCGCUCCUGCCAGAACAGAAAUUACACCAGCUGCAUAAAUGAUGAAACCAUCGAAGACUGGAGGCAGAAAGUGAUAGAAAAUAGUAAUUCCAAUACUAUGAAUGGCAUAGUACAAACACUUUCCUCUUCAGCUUGCUGGAAUGGGAGUUUCCUGGAAAAGACAAAUGAUGAGCAUUUUAAAACAAGCCCCAAGAUCCCAGGAAUUGACAUGUUGUCCAUUAAAGUCCUCUUUGAGAAGCUGAUGAACACCCAGCAUUCAAGGCUACUGGAGCAGAUUCAUAAGGGUUUUGAAAGUUUUUUAAUACCACAGCUUUCCAGUUCUCCGCCAGAUGUAGAAGCAAUGCGUAUUUACCUCAUACUCCCAGAAUUCCCUCUGCUGCAGGACUCAAAGUACUACAUAACACUGACGCUGCCGUUAGCCAUGGCAAUCUUAAGGCUGGAUACCAACCCAAGCAAAGUGCUGGAUAACUGGUGGUCUCAGAUUUGCCCAAACUACUUCUUCAGAUUAGUUGACCUUUAUAAAGGAGCGGUGGUCUAUCUUCUGAAUGGACGAAAGACUUUGCUGAUCCCUGUACUGUUUACCAGCUACAUCACAGCUGGUCUCAGGCUCCUGGAAAAGCUGCACAAGGUAAAUGUGAAGGUACGACAUGUAGAGCAUGAUAAAUUCUAUAUCCCAGAGAUAUCCAGCUUGGUGGACAUCCAGGAAGAUUAUCUCAUGUGGUUCCUGAACCAAGCAGGAUUGAAGAUGCGUGCUUCCAUUAUGCAGGAUUCAGUGACACUCUGUUCUUAUCCAUUUGUGUUUGAUGCUCAAGCCAAGACCAAAAUGUUGCAGACUGAUGCUGAAUUACAGAUGCAGGUGGCAGUCAACGGUGCUAACCUACAAAAUGUAUUCACACUGCUGUCUCUGGAGCCUAUGCUGGCCAAAAAACCCAUUCCUGGUGCUACACGUAAGGAGGACCAGCUUGGUGGCCGAUGCCCUAAGGGAGCUGAGUAUCCACUCUGACAUAGAUUUGAAGAAGCCUUUGAAGGUGAUAUUUGAUGGUGAAGAGGCUGUGGAUGAUGGUGGAGUUAGUAAAGAAUUCUUCCUGUUGCUUCUCAAAGAACUCCUGAACCCCAUCUAUGGGAUGUUUACUGUUUAUCCAGAAUCCAACCUGCUCUGGUUUUCAGACAUAUGUUUUGUAGAACAUAACUGGUUCCACCUGAUUGGCAUCAUGUGCGGCUUAGCCAUCUAUAAUUUCACAGUAGUGGAUCUUCACUUCCCACUGGUGUUGUAUAAGAAACUCCUGAAUGUUCCAGCAACUUUAGAGAGGAUCUCAAGGAGUUGUCACCCACAGAAGGAAGGAGCCUACAACAACUUCUAGACUAUCCUGGAGAAGAUGUUGAGGAAACUUUCUGCCUUAACUUUACAAUAUGUCGGGAAAGUUAUGGCCUGGCUGAAAUGAAACCCCUGCUACCUGGAGGAGACAAAAUGACUGUAGGCAAGGACAACAGGCAGGAGUUUGUUGAUGCUUAUGUCAACUACGUCUUUAACCAGUCAGUGCAGGAAUGGUAUGAGGCAUUCUCUACAGGAUUCCUAAAAGUCUGUGGUGGGAAAGUGCUGGAGCUGUUUCAGCCAUCUGAACUGAGAGCCAUGGUUGUUGGAAGCAGCAACUACAACUGGCAGGAACUGGAAGAGAAUGCCAUCUACAAGGGUGACUAUUCUGCAGAGCACCCAACGGUGAGGAUGUUCUGGGAGACAUUCCAUGAAUUCCCUCUGGAAAAGAAGAAGAGGUUUCUGUUGUUUCUCACUGGCAGUGACCGUAUACCUAUCUAUGGCAUGUCCAGCCUACAUAUCAUCAUCCAGUCUACAUCCAGCAGUGAUGACUACCUGCCUGUUGCACACACAUGCUACAACUUACUGGACCUGCCUAAGUACAGCAGCAAAGAAACCCUCAGGAAAAGACUCAAUCAAGCCAUAGACCAUUAUGAGGGCUUCAGCCUAGCUUAA